UCCUCCCGCUAUUCGUUGUGCCAAGAGGUCGGCCAAUCGUUCAAUCAAUUGGGGAGGCGGGGCAGAAGAGCUGGUCCUUAGCAACGAAGGGCGGGGUGGGCACGGAGAGGAAAACGUCACUGUUGCCGGCGGGCUGGCAAACACUUCUCCCCACAGGAGGCCCCCCCCUCUCCGUGACGCUUCUUCCUCUUCCCCUUUGCCAGAGUGACGCCAGCUCGCCAGCGUGCGCGUGACGUCAGAUUCAGGGCGGAGCGGGCGGGGCCGGUUUGAACGGCGAGCGACUGAGAGACAAUGGCUGUUAACGUGUAUUCCACUUCGGUGACAAGUGAUAACUUGAGUCGACAUGACAUGCUUGCCUGGAUCAAUGAGUCCUUACAAUUGAACCUGACAAAGAUAGAGCAGCUUUGCUCAGGUGCCGCUUAUUGUCAGUUUAUGGAUAUGCUAUUCCCUGGUUCUGUAACACUCAAGAAAGUAAAAUUCCAGGCGAAGUUGGAACAUGAAUACAUUCAAAACUACAAGGUCCUACAAGCAGGUUUUAAACGAAUGGGCGUUGACAAAAUAAUUCCUGUGGACAAAUUAGUGAAAGGAAAAUUUCAGGAUAAUUUUGAAUUUGUUCAGUGGUUCAAAAAAUUCUUUGAUGCAAACUACGAUGGGAAAGACUAUGACCCUGUGGCGGCUCGGCAAGGCCAGGAGACAGCACCAGCCCCUGCUCUAGUUGUACCACUACUGAACAAACCUAAGAAGAAUCUUGGUUCUGGUGGCACAGAUAACAGUUUUGUGGAAACUUCAGAACUAAAGGCCGCAAGAGUAGACUGUCCUGCUUCCUUAAAGAAAACUGCUAUGAUCGCUCCGACAAGGCCCAUGGUUGCCCAGAGAACAACAGUGUCUAAUAAAACUGGACCUGGGAUGGUUAAAAAGGCUCCUGGAGGAAUUGGAGAAGAUGAGUCGGCUGAAUUGAUCCAACAGAUUAACGUAUUAAAGAUGACUGUUGAAGAUUUGGAGAAGGAAAGAGACUUCUACUUUGGAAAACUGAGGAAUAUUGAGCUGAUUUGUCAGGAGAACGAAGGGGAGAGCGACCCUGUUCUGCAAAGGAUUGUGGAGAUUCUUUAUGCUACAGAUGAAGGUUUUGUGAUACCAGAUGAAGGAGCACCAGCAGAGGAGCAAGAAGAGUAUUAAUGGUCCACCAACUGUACCAGCAGAGCAGCAGCAUCAGAAUUCGGAAAUCAGAAUUCUUUGCCCCAAUCAUGUGCUUAUCUGUACAAUACUCCAUUUUAUUCUUAGAGGACUCACUGGUUUCUUUUCAUAAGUAAAAAGUACCUCUUCAAGUGCACUUUGCGUAAGUUUACUACUUCCCCCUCCAAUGGGUUUAAUUUGAGAGCUCUUUUCUUACUUUUGUAGCAGAGCAGUAUUAACAUCUAGUUGUCGGAAGCAAGAGGUUGAAUAUUUGGAGUUUGCAGAGUUGCUUGGUUGCCGGUAAGGCACUGAUUUGUGGAGAGUUUGCUGUACUGUGGUGUUUUUGUGUGUGUGUGGGCUGUGGGGAGUUAUAUAGUGGAGCAAUUUCAGGAUUGACUUUUUUGCAGGAAGGUUGAGCAAAUAUGAAAUGUGUUCUGCAAUUAAAGAGAUGCCUUAAGGGGGCUUAAACUGCUUCCAGAUGCCAAAUUAAAGUAAUGCAAUGGGGGAUUUUGUGUGUUCUCUAAUGGGGUUUGAGCAUCUGGCUUUCUUGUUCUGGAAGGAAUUGCUUGACGCCUCAAGUCAGUGAGGGCUCUGAAAGAGGUAAUUAAAAUGGCCCAAUAGCUAUAUAAAGCUGCCCCCUGAUCACUGAUUGUCAUAGGGGGAAAGGCCUUACUGUAUGUAGCCUGUUGCAAGACUAGAGUACGUAGGACUCAGAUGUGCUUGAAGGCCUCUUGGUUUUGCAGUACUGGCCAAUGGCAUGUGGUAUCUUCCAAAGCAAUAAGGCUAUCCCUUUUGAAACUCUUCACCUAAUUCACUGCCUGCAUCUAGACCCCUCCCUCACCCACCACCUGCUUUUGUGUCUCUGGUCCAUUGCAUUUUGUGGGUUCUUCUAUUCCUCUCUGCUCCCCUACUUCUUCCUCCUCUUCCAAGCCUGCUGACUAAACUGUAAUGAGUCAAAUUGUUUGUUUUGCAGUGCUGCACUGAGGCCAGUCUUGCUCUCCAGGCUGUCUCUGUGUUAUAUCCUCCUUGAGUUAGCCUCCCAGCAUUUAGCCUUUGCCAAUGCUCCUUCCUAUUGGUGAAGAAAAUGAAUUGAUGUGCAUUAAAUAGGAAAUCUAAUAUUGCAGAAAAUAUAGUGUUCGGAUUAAUUUUGAUGACAGUUUUUCAUGCUUGACCCUGCCCUUCUUCUGUGGAGCAAAUCCCUAACACUCCCCCUCCCAGGUUGCUGCUCUUUGGGAGGGGGCCUUUUUGAGACGGGACCCACAGCCACAGCCAAGACUGAGCCUCUGAGCUUGGCAUGCGCUUGGUCAUUUGCUUUCGGUGGUUAUGUGUUCUAAAUGUGUGUAGAAAGCAAAGCAUUUUAUGGUAACUGUUAUGUAGUGCAUGAAUCCCUAAGAAAAUUCAGAGGAAGACCCAAAUUCAACAAAUGCCAAAAAUGAAAAGAAGCAAGCCAUUAUUUAAAACAUCAGAGGUGCUAUUUCUCUUGUGGCCUUCUAGAUACUUGUUGCUGUAAACCAUAUUCCAACCAGACUCCUCUUGACAGGGUUUUUUCUACUUUUAAACAGUUUCUAAAUAAAGUUCUGUUAUUUCAAGAA